AUUUCAGGAGAUAAACAACAUGGUACUCAUGUAAAACAAUUGGUUCAAGAGAGGAAUCAACCUUCCAACGUACCGUACCCCUUGGAGAGAUUCAUCAGUUGAUCCGUACAGUUUUUUAAUUGCGGUUAACAAAAACGCCGCAAUAGAAAAUACGACAUCACGGACAACUAACCGCUCGUGUAGGUGAGCGAUUAUUGAUCAUCUGGUACGCGAGUUGUCCGUCUCCCCGGCUGCAAACACUCAGAGCCAUUGCGCCAUAGUUGCGUCCGACUGUGUUUGCGGGUUUUUCGGCACUGACUGUGAUGCAAUUGACUCAAGCCUUGUCAAAGAAAUCCACGAAUAUACUGGUUCGUGUGGUGUCUAUGGCAGGAACUGGUACUACUUAUAAUUACGUUAGAAAACGAACCGCUCCGAAAGUUGUGCAUCUCAGAUUUGACAGAAAAGUUGGUGAAAAAGUUCUUUUUGCCGAACAAAGGAAAAUACGUUCCCUUCCUGAACCAUUUUCAGUCGAACCGUUCGUAAACAUUUGGAAAAGAAGAGGAAAAUAAUUUUAUCUGGAAUGUUAAAAUUUCCACUACAUAAAUCUUCAAUUUUCAUUCGCUAUAUGGCAAGUGCAUUGAAUCCUGUGGAAACGAGUAUUAUUAAAAAACUGACUGAAACUUUCAAUCCAGUAUAUCUUGAUGUUGUAAACGAGAGCUUCAAACACAACGUGCCAAAAGGAUCAGAAACUCAUUUUAAAGUUGUUGUAGUGUCUGACAAUUUUUCCGGGAAACGUUUGAUUGACAGACAUAGAGACAUAAACAAUAUUUUAUCCAAAGAGCUCGAAGGUUCUGUUCACGCUCUGUCCAUUCAAGCAAAAACUCCAGAUCAGUGGGAAAAAUCAGGACAAACAAUUGCUAAUACACCUCCUUGUCUUGGUGGAUCAAAAAAGUAAUUUACAAUAUUGAUAAAAAAAUGGAUGGAAA